AUGUCGUCGAGCCAGCAAUCCUAUCGCGUUUCCAAGCAGCCUUUGGCGACCAAUGUCCGGGAAAAUCCGAAACGUCAUCUCAAGUUGGAUCUAAAGACGCUCCAAGCCCUUGAGAGAAGUCAGAAAUCGAGGUCGUCCACUGAUUACUAUGUCUCGAAUCCAGAGAGCUACGAAAGGCUCGCUGCGACAGGAAGCUCUGGUCGUACGCCGCAACAGGCGGAGAUGGAGGCGAAGCAUUACCAGCGUGGUGUGAAUGAAGCCGACAAGAAGCUCGGAUCGAGAAAUGGAGGAGGGAGAGAGGAGUCUAAACGGAAGGCUUAG